AUGCCACCACGCUGCUGCUCUCAGCCCCUCGCAGCCCCCCUUGUCAGGACAAUCCUGAACCAGGAAGCUCAGGAGACCUUUUUGCUGGCAGUUCUGAAGCUCAGCACGCCUGUCGAGGAACGAAUCUUUUGCCCAGAUCCAGCCUGCGGCCACUUUAUUCCGUCCCAGGACGGUCAUGACCCCAAGCACCCAUUCGAUCUCACCUGCUUCAAAUGCAACGGCCGCGUGUGUGUUAUAUGCAAAGGGACUGCCCAUCCCAUUGGCGAAGAUUGCCCCCAAGAUUGGGAACUGGCCGUAUUGAAGAAGAAGCAGCAAGACAAGGGAAACUGGAAGCGAUGCUACGAGUGCAGAGCCUUGGUUGAGCCGACUGAGGACUCUCCAUACAUGACCUGCCGAUGCAAGGCUCGCUUCUGCUCCGUGUGCGUAGGCAUCUGGGAUCCCACGACUGGAUGCCCCAAUCUUUGCAGCUUUGAAGAGGAACUACAGCGGCGCCGACAGAGCAAAGAGGCCAUGUCCUGCGCGAGUGAGCAGCGAUUGCGAGCCAACUCGUCGAUCCAGCAACUUGGACAAGAGCAACAAGACGAGCUGCGCCGUUUCCUGGAUUACAAGUCACAGGGAAAGGACGCCUUGCAGACACGCCACCUGAUGCAAGAGGCUGCGAUGGAAGAAAAGUACGAGUGUCAGGAGGAGAAGCUCCACGAGAGACAUGAGAGAGCCUGUACUGCGCAAGAAGAUCGCCACGUUGUCGCCGAGAUGGGGCUGCUCGAAACGCUGGAGCAAGAUGAGCUCAACAUCCAUCUCCGACUCAAGCACAUGGAGGCCUAUUGCAAUGGCCUCGGCCGCAACCCAAGCUCGUCGGCGCCAGUCAGAGUCGUCACUGAGCGAGACCUGAGAGAGCUGGGCCAGCAGUAUUACUUGCGGGACGGCAUGGGUCGCAUGCGCGAGUCGAAAAUCAAUCUCAUGAGGGAGCGACAGUCUUUCAAGAUGGAGGAGCUUCGGGCAAAACAGACAGAGGAGCUUUCGCUUUUCCUCGAUAAGAGACAGGAGGCGCUGGACAGGCUCGAAGCCCAGUGCGUCCAAGAGGAAUCACAGUUCAAUCAAGUUUUCGAAUGCCGCCAGUCACGCCUGCAGUCUCGAUGGGUGCUCGCCAUUGAGGUCUUGUGCAAGGAGCUCGAGGAGCAGAACCCCGGCCAGAUCUACCGCCGCAUUGCCACCCCACGAUGGCCCGAUGAAAGGACCCUUCAGGUCCACCAAUAA